AUGGAGGCUGCCUGGGACACCAUCGACACUAAUGCCAUGGCCAUUGCACUCGACGACAAGCUCGCAGACCAUCUUGGUCUGCCCCCCUCGACUCGAUUUCCAUGGGAUACAGAGCGCAGCGUAUACUAUGUAAAGGGCAUACAUGACUUGCACUGUCUGAAACUCAUCCGCAAGGCGAUUGUAUCAAAACACAAGGGCAGCGACCAGCCGUUUAAUCUUCGACACAUGUACCACUGCCUGGAUGGUAUACGCCAGGACAUUAUGUGUGCAGCCGAUGACACGCCCAUGCCAGCGCCUUUCUCUCACCAAGCUGGCGAUGGCUUGGUUCGAAAAUGCCGCGACUGGGACAAGUUGAUCGCCUGGGCGAGGCGCCCUGAUCAGCAUGCCUGUUACGAAUUCGACGACUACCGCGAAGCUACCAACACCCUGGAGAACUUUGCCUUUUGUCCACCUGCAUCCCCUUAUCGAGACUUUCAACGCGCCUACUUUGAGCUUCAUGGACACAAGGACCCAUACGAGGAGAACGAGAAUGCAGAAGAAGUGGUUGUAUUCUAA